UUCUCAUAUUAAUUCAUGUUCAUUAUCUUCUAAUAUUGCUUCUUAGUAAGGAAAUAUGGCUUCGAUACUCAACAAAUUUCUGACCGCAGUUUUGUUUUUCAAUUUCUUGGUUGCUUCUUGCUCUUCGUUUGCCGCGCCUCCGACUGUUGAGCCACCGUCUUAUGUAGAGUUGCCGAGAAUCUGCAAUUACGAUGAGUUUUUCAAAUACGGACAAGGAAUAUUCGACGACAUCGAAAGCUGCAAUGCCGGGCUGCUACGGAGAUGUAACGUCCGUCAAAUUUAUCAACUCGGCGAUUCUAUUUCUGACGUCGGAAAUCUGAUUCGUGAAAACAGCAGCACCACCUCUUUCGCAAGCCUACCUUAUGGAGAGAGCUUUCCCGAUGGUCCCACUGGCCGAGCCUCCAAUGGCAAGCUCAUCAUCGACUACCUUGCAAUGGAAGCUGGUCUUCCUCUACUGCCGCCCUUCAAACAGUGCAGUGCUGAUUUCAGUCACGGCGUAAACUUCGCCGUCGCAGGCUCCACUGCCUUGCCGUCCAAUGCAUUGGCCGAUCUUAAUAUUUCAUCGUCCAAGACAAACAAUUCUCUAUCGGUGCAAUUGGAUUGGAUGUCUGCCUAUUUCCACUCCCUCUGCAACAAUCAAACAGAUUGCGGCGGCAAACUCCACAACUCACUGUUUAUAUUGGGGCCGUUUGGUGGGAGCGACUACUUCAAUGCCCUGUUUCAAGGAAAAUCAAUGCAAGAAAUAAGAAGUAAAUUAAUGCCUAGAGUUGUAGAUGCGAUUAUGGCUGCUGUUCGUAGAGUGGUUAGUUUAGGAGCGAAAAAGGUGGUGGUGCCUGGACUCUACAGCGUCUACCAGCUUCCAAUUUUUCAGAUGACUUUCUCCGACAAACCUGACAUGUAUGAGUGGAGUGAUGAUCUCGCAAUCUACCAUAACGUUCAACUCCGACAAGCAAUCGACAAAUUCAACCAAGAAGAAAGCCCCAAUGCUAUUGUUGCCUUUGCGGAUUAUUACACUGCUUACCGAUCCAUCGUAUAUUACUCCGUUGGUGUGAUUGAUAGCAUACAGGCGUGCUGUGGCAGCGGAGAGGGAUCCUUCAACUUGGAUGUAAGCAGCUACUUCAACUUGGACUUAUCAAGAAUGUGUGGAGCAGAAGGUGUUUCUGCGUGUGCGGAGCCAGAUCGACACAUUAGUUGGGAUGGGAUGCAUUUGACACAAGAAGCGUAUAGAAUAAUGGCCAAAUAUGUGAUGUAUCACAUGUUUUUCGACCUCCGUUGCCCUAAUAAUCUUUGAUCUUCUGCACCACCUCACUGCUCGCUCUUCAUUAGAUUAGGCCAUACUUAUUUUAGACACUCGCUUUAUUUCUUUUCCUUUGUUUUUUUUUUUUUUUCAGCUAUUAGACAAUGUUAUCGCUUAUUUUGUUUCUAUAAUUUUCUUAGUUUUAAUAAAUCAAUAGUUGUUUGGGAAUUUAUUAAUUGUACCUUAUAUUUUGAGAGAAAUCAUGUUGGCUUCUGCGCCUCAA